CAGCACAAGGCUGAGCUGAGAAGUUUUGGCAUGGACUUGGGAAGACAGAGGGGCUCGAGGUUGGAAGACCCAGCGCACCAGCGGGCUGGCAGCUCCUCCAGGGCACCGGCAUGCUUACAAGCUUCUCUGUUUCCUGCUAGAUCAAAAGCAGCAGCAACUCCAGCCCCUGGUGGGACCUGGGGUGGAUCCACCACCUUUUAGCAUCAGCUGAUGGAACUAUCCAGGUCUCUUCCUUGGAGAUAAGAUUCCUAAGUAGCAGGGAAGACCCUUCAGUGAACGGGGAGGGGAUCUUUCUUCUGUGGGCGACACCUUUCAAAUACCAAAGAGGUCUGUCUUUGGACGCUGAUUUGCUCAGAGUUCAGUCCUGCAAGAAGAUGGAGAAUGAGGUUGGGAAAUCUGUGGAUAACCAAAUGGAUAAAUACAUAGUGACGAUUAUGGGGAAAUCCGAAAGCCAAAUGGAUAUUGUGGAGAAAUCAACCCGAGCUGGGCAGAAGUCCUGGAGCUUUGUCGCGAUCGGCUUGUUGGUGCUUCUGAUCUUCAUGACCUGUGCCGUGGUGGUGCUUGUUGUCCUCUACUCCAACAGCAGAGAUAUGCAAAAUGGUACCAGCUCUGGGAACGUAUGUACCACUCCGGGAUGUGUCACAGCAGCUGCCAGGAUAAUCCAAAACAUGGACCCGACAGCAGAGCCUUGCCAGAAUUUCUACCAAUACGCCUGUGGAGGAUGGCUGAAUCGGCACGUGAUCCCAGAAACAAGCUCCCGGUACAGCAUCUUUGACAUCCUAAGAGACGAACUGGAGAUUAUUCUCAAAGGUGUGCUGGAGACAUCAGGUCAGGAUGAUCGGGAAGCCUUCCGGAAGGCAAAAAUGCUAUAUCGAUCCUGUAUGAAUGAGAGUUUUAUAGAACAACGAGAUUCAUUGCCCUUGCUUGAGGUCUUGCGGAUGGUUGGGGGCUGGCCAGUGGCUUCUGCAGACUGGAAUAUCACUAAAGAACCAAACUGGAGUGUGGAAAAGAAGCUUUCUUUACUGAAUUCCCGAUAUAACACACGGGUCCUAAUUGAUAUGUUUGUAUGGCACGAUGACCGGGAUUCGAGCAGAAAUAUUAUUUAUAUUGACCAACCUGGGCUAGGGAUGCCUUCCAGAGAUUACUACUUUAAUGACGGCAACUACCAAAAAGUGCGAGAAGCCUAUUUGCAGUACAUGAUCACCAUUGCCAAAAUGAUCAGAGAAGAUCUGAACGUGUCCAAAGACAAUGCCUUUGUCGAAAAAGAAAUGAGAACGGUAAUGGAGUUCGAAACUGAUAUCGCGAACGCUACAGUUCCGGCAGAAGAAAGGCAUGACGUAACAUUGCUUUACAACAAAAUGACAGUUGCUGAACUGCAGGGAAGGUUUGAGCUGAAUGGUUUUAAUUGGACACUUUUUAUCCAAGGGGUCCUGUCUUCAGUGAACAUUGAGAUCGGCCCUGAUGAGGAGGUAGUUGUGCAUGGAGUACCAUAUCUCCAGGACCUCAAAGCCAUCAUCUCCAGUUAUUCAACCAGCACUAUCCAGAACUACUUGGUUUGGCGGUUAGUUCUUGACCGAGUCAGUGGCUUGAGCCGGCGUUUCAAAGAUGCCCGAGCAAACUACAGAAAGGCACUUUAUGGUACCAUGGUGGAGGAAGCCCGGUGGCGUGAGUGUGUGAGCUACGUCAACACCAACAUGGAAAAUGCCGUCGGAGCACUUUACGUUAGAGAGACUUUUGCGGGAAAAAGCAAAAGAAUGGUCCGAGACCUCAUCGAUAAAAUCCGUGAAGUGUUUAUUGAGACACUGGAUGAAUUGCAAUGGAUGGAUGAAGCAUCAAAAGCAAAGGCCCAGGAAAAGGCAAUUGCAAUUAAAGAGCAAAUAGGCUACCCAGAUUAUAUCCUAGAAGAUCAGAAUGAAAAACUGGACCGGGAAUACACAAAUCUGAGUUUCAGCGAACACGAGUACUUUGAAAACAUUCUGGCAAACCUCCAAGCUGGGGCUCAGAAAAGCUUGAGGAAGCUGAGAGAGAGAGUUGACCAAGACGUAUGGCUGAUCGGUGCUGCAGUGGUCAAUGCAUUCUACUCCCCCAACCGGAACCAGAUCGUAUUUCCCGCAGGGAUCCUUCAGCCCCCUUUCUUCAGCAAGCACCAACCACAAGCACUCAACUUUGGAGGGAUUGGAAUGGUAAUAGGUCAUGAGAUCACACACGGGUUUGAUGACAACGGCAGGAAUUUUGACAAAGAUGGCAACAUGUUUGACUGGUGGAGCAACUUUUCCGCGACGCAUUUCAAGGAGCAGUCACGUUGUAUGAUCUACCAGUAUGGGAACUAUACAUGGGAGCUGGCAGGGGGACAAAAUGUCAGUGGAAUCAGCACACUUGGAGAAAACAUCGCUGACAAUGGAGGCGUCCGCCAGGCCUACAAGGCUUACUUAAAAUGGGUUGAAAGAGAAGGAAAGGAGCCAAGUUUACCUGGCCUGGACCUGACCCACGAACAGCUCUUCUUCCUCAAUUUCGCACAGGUAUGGUGCGGUUCCUACAGGCCUGAAUAUGCAAGCCAGUCCAUUAAAACUGAUGUGCACAGUCCGUUGAAGUACAGGGUGAUGGGAUCUCUGCAAAACUUUGAAGCGUUUUCCAAAGCGUUCCACUGCAAAGGGGGCACUGCCAUGCACCCCAUAGAGAAGUGCAGAGUCUGGUAGCCAAAGAAAAUUGAGAAUUGCCAUCGGGCUACUGCAGUCUGAAACUCUGGGGACUCCUUGGAUUUUGCCAAUGAUGUGCCUGUCGGUUUUUAAUUUUUGUUUCCCGGUUGAACCACAGCCACGGUUAACAGUGCAGCUAUUUGGGUCAUGACAGGACAAGCUACGGUUUUGAUUCUUGAGGUUCAAGUGGGCCAGUGUCUAGAAAUAUCACCUGUACUGAAAGCUACGGUAUGCUUCAGAAGAAGACUGUUUCUAAAGACGUCGACUGUUAUUAAGAUACAUCAGGGUUUAAAAGAUUAGCUAUUUAAAAAAAGAGACUGUUCUAUUUUUCAGCGAGUUUUAAUUCUUGUGAGUUUGCAAAAACCUCCCCCACCCCAUUGAGUUAGUCUUUGUCAAUCCACCAAUCGCUAUUUGCUGUGCAACUUCCUUUUCUGCUAUCAGCCGAUCUGCACAAACGUAGGAGCCAACUUGCCAGAUCGGACCAAGGACCCAUCUAGUCCGGUGUCCUGUUUCCUGAAGUGACUAGCAAGAUGAGUGAACAAGUCAUCAAGGCAACAGUUCUUCCCCCUCCCCAUUAUAUGUUCCCAAGAUCCAAUAGGCAUUUGGGUUCCAUUUAAUAACCAUGGACAAUAGCAAUUGACGAGGCUCUCCUCUAUGAAUUUGCCUAAUCCCUAUUUUAAAGAUGACUGGGCCAUCACCACAUUUUUGUGGCAGGGCGUUUUGCACAUCCGUUGCGUGAAGCAAUACUUUAGCUGGUCCUCUUGCUUAUUAACAUUAUGGGAGAGAGAAAUUUGUUCCUUUCUAUUCUCCUUCUUCCCAUCAUAUAUAAUUUUAAAGAACUCUGUCCUUUCAACUGGGCUACAUUUUUUGCACCCCUCUUCCUAUCACUGAGUGUAAAUUGGCUCUUGCUGGUCUGCAUCCCCAAGCGAAAACAGGUGGGAACUGCACGGCUCGGUGAAAUUUUGCUCCUGCUUACCUCUUGGUGCUCUCUCCGCACCACAGAGCUAGGACGUUAAAAAACAAACCUUCAGUGUUCUGCCAUAAACCUAACAACAUGUAUCGUGGUGAAUUCUUUGAUGUGAAAAGUCGCAAAUUGUCUUGGCAUUUCAUAGGGUAAGCUGUUUCAUAAGCCUGCCAGCUACUGCUGUAAAAAGAAUCUAA